AAUGACGACUCCUGUGUGCAUGACAACAGCAGCGCCUCAAGUGCCAGCAGUCUGUUUUCGAUCAAUUUAACGCAUACUGCCCUUUGCUUUUCCUUUUUUAAAUCCAAUUUGUAUGAGGUGAACUUCACGGACAAUGAUUCCCAAGAAGCAACACGCAUUGUUGCUGUGGAUGCUAGUUUGCUCCGGUAGCACGACGGAGGCGAUCGAGCCCAUCAGUACCAGCAUAGCGGUGGGCAUGGCCGCGGCUCUGACCGGGUUUUUAGCUAGCUACCAGAAUAUUUUCUACUACUUCCACGAGUGCUGUCGACCCGAGUGGAUUUCUUUCAACAAAACAGGUCUCCGGGUUGACCUGGACAGAAAACUGUUCGGACAGCACAUUGCAUCACGCAUCAUCCUAAAAGCAGUGACUGGAUUCAUGACCAACGACAACCCGAAGAAGCCCUUGGUGCUCUCAUUGCACGGAUGGACCGGCACAGGGAAGAACUUUGUGAGUCAGCUGAUUGCUGACAAUGUUUACAAAGAGGGAAUGGAGAGCAGCUUUGUUCAUAUCUUCACGUCUGAACUCCACUUCCCUCAUUCGAGUCAAUUGGAAACCUACAAGUCUCAGCUACAGCAGUGGAUAAAAGGCAAUGUCACCAACUGUGCACACUCCAUGUUCAUCUUCGAUGAGAUGGACAAGAUGCAUCCCGGCCUGAUUGACAGCAUAAAGCCGUAUCUGGACUACUACGACAAGUUGGAUGGAGUUUCUUAUCGGAAAGCCAUCUUCAUCUUCCUCAGUAAUGCUGGAGGGGAGAGCAUCACAAAGACGGCUUUAGACUUCUGGAAAGCAGGACGAGAUCGAGAAGAGAUCGAGCUGAAAGAUCUGGAAACAUUGCUCUCUGUAGCGGUGUUCAACAACAAGCAAAGUGGCCUGUGGCAUACAAGUUUGAUUGACAAGAACCUGGUGGACUUUUUCGUCCCGUUUCUUCCUCUGGAGUACAGACACGUGGUCCAGUGUGCCAUGGCCGAGAUGAUAGCCAGAGAUCGUCGGCCAGACCGGAGCGUGGCUGACCAGGUGGCCAGAGACGUGGUCUACUUCCCAAAAACAGAGAGAGUUUUCGCUGUAAAAGGCUGUAAGACGAUAGAAAGCAAGUUGGACUACUACAUAUGAGGUCAGCAUCUCCUAGACGCUGUGUUCGAUCACUAUGUGCACUUUUUAAAAAGACAAAACUCUCAGCCAAAGGACUACAAAGAGGAAGUCAGGCUGGCGGAGGAGCUUUCCCUGUCUGUCCUUGUGGUCAUGUUGAGGAUUUCAGCAGGCCUUCUCAAAUUUUGCAUAUCACUUACACUGAAUGCUGAGGUCUACGAAGGAGAUCCGUGCCAGUCCGAUGACAGAAUAAUAAGACUGAAAAGCUAUCCCUUGUAAGUGAUUAAGGAGCUUGAUCUCCUCUUUAUGUCUCACCACAGAGAGUUAAAGGUGCUGUCGUUUUCCUGAGAGCUUCUUAAUGACUACAGGGUCCCUUCUUGAAUCUUUCCUCUGUCCGUACAACUAUGGCAUGUCACUGUUGUGCAUUUGCUUUUUUUUUUACAUGUACUCAAUAUAGGGAUUGUUGGAAACACCUGCCUUAAUUCUUUUCAAUUUAAUUUUGUUUUAUUAUAGCUCUUUUAAGUUAUUUUACACACGUCCACUGUAGUAGAUUGUCAACAGUCCUAUCUGCCAUUGGUCACUAUUCAAAAAAAGAAAUGCAUAAAGCAGAAAACCUCGUAUAUUUAUCAAAUGUAAUCUAACAUGAUUUCUGUGAGGCACAGCCCUUUUUAAUAUCUAAUUUAGUUAAUGCGAUUCGUAUGAGUUGUACACACAGUAAUUGAUAUGGAUGUGUCCAUGGUUAAAUGUUACCAGAUUUUAUUUACACCCUCACUGGACUGCAUUUGGACACUUUAUGAACUCAGGAUAGCAACACACAUUUUAACAACGUUGGAUUUUAUUUUAUUCUUAAAAAUGGUUACUGUUUAGAUUCCACAUAUUUCAAAUGAUAUUGUAUAUCAAAGUUGAUUAUUUAAUUAAUUUGAUUUCAAAUUCAACUCAAAGGUUUAUUGUUUGUAAUAUAAUUGAUAGUUCUUUAAAAAAAAGUCACACAUUGUGGUUAAAAGGAAAUGUUAAAGUGGUUUCUCAAAAUAUCACCGUUUGCUGUCAGGAUUUGGAACAACAAAAAUAAAAUGAAGUGUUUUCUAUGUAAUUGCUCAGAAUUAAAUGCAGGUGAAGGAUUUUUUAAUGGACUGUGAAAAGAACAUUGUUUGUUUUUGUAGAUGGAUAGCCAACACUUGUGAGUUUCUCUACUGUAAAACUGGACGAACAAAUCACAAAUAAAACAUGUUAUGUUCAUGUGUCAA